GGCUCGAUGCCAUGGGAUUGGAACCUUCACCCACACCCAUUUUGAGUACCAUCGGGGAAGCUCCUCCCAAGAAUCAGUUAAAACUCGACGAUUUGUAGGUCGCACAAGCAAAAGCGAAAGCAAAAUACAGCGUCGCCUGCCCCCACAAGUGUCAUGGGCAAGCAAAUCUGCCUGGGUACGCGCUUGCGCUACCCCAUCACCAUCACCAAACUCCUCAAAUCCCCCGGCGAUCCCGUCCAGCGACAAGAAAGCAUUCUGGAAUACUCCUUCAAAUGGAUGAAAGAGGUCGGCGACCACGUCUCCGGCUCCGCCUGGCAGGAGGAGCAGACCACCGUCGCCACCUGGGACAGCCCCGUCGAGGGCACCCUCAAGGCCUGGCUCCUGCGCGAGGGCGACCCCGUCCACCGCGACCUGCCCUGCCUCGAGGUCGACGAGGCCUGCAGCCACGAGAUCCAGUUCCACGGGCUCUGCGCCGUCUGCGGCAAGGACAUGACCGAGGUCUCCUGGGCCUCCGACAGCCUCGACACCCACCGCGCCACCAUCAACAUGACCCACGACCAGACCGGCCUCAUGGUCAGCAGCGGCCUCGCCACCCGCGCCGAGCACGACACCCAGCGCCGCCUCCUCCGCCAGCGCAAGCUCAGCCUCGUCGUCGACCUCGACCAGACCAUCAUCCACGCCUGCAUCGAGCCCACCGUCGGCGAGUGGAUGGAGGACCCGUCCAACCCCAACUACGACGCCGUCAAGGACGUCCGCCGCUUCCAGCUCAACGACGACGCCGCCGCCCCGCGCGGCGCCGUCACCUCGGGCUGCUGGUACUACGUCAAGAUGCGCCCCGGCCUCGUCGACUUCCUCGAGGCCAUCGCCGAGAGGUACGAGCUCCACGUCUACACCAUGGGCACCCGCGCCUACGCCCUCAACAUUGCCAAGAUCGUCGACCCCCACCAGAAGCUCUUCGGCAACCGCGUCAUCAGCCGCGAUGAGAAUGGGAGUAUUCUGGCCAAGAGCCUUCAGCGCCUCUUCCCCGUCAGCACCAACAUGGUCGUCAUCAUUGAUGAUCGCGCUGAUGUUUGGCCCCGCAACCGUCCCAACCUCAUCAAGGUCGUCCCCUAUGAUUUCUUCAAGGGCAUCGGUGACAUAAACUCGAGCUUCUUGCCUAAGCGCCGCGACCUGUUGCCGGCACCCAUCGCGCCGGCGCCUGCUGCCACUAGCACUACCACUACUGCCACUACUCCCACUACUGCCACUACUGCCGCUACUACCACUACUGAUGCCACCAGUAGUACCACCACUCCUACUAUCAACGGGAAUGCCAACACCAACUCCAACGCCACCACACCGUCUGGUGCCACGGCCCCCUCCACCACCAACAGACCGUCUGCCAUCGAUGACUUGAUCAGCAUGAGCAACGGCGACGACAAACAGCUGCAGAUAGAGCAGACCAAGGAGCAGGAGCGGUCGUUGGAACAUCAGAUCAAGGACCGGCCGCUGCUCCACCUCCAAGAAGCCCUGGACAAAGAAAGCGAGACCACCGACUCGGAAGACGGCGAGCACCAUCACCACCGCUCUCAAGUGCUUCGUGACGACGACGAAGAGCUCUUCCACCUCCAGCAACACCUGACGGAAAUCCAUACCGAGUUUUACAAGCUCUACGACGCCAAGCGGGCCGCCCGCCGCGAUUCGCCUCCCAAGCAGGCGCCCUCGCACGAGAGGCAUCGCAAACAGUCGGCCGACGACGGCGUCGACCUCUCCAUGGUGCCCGACGUCGGCGAGGUGCUCGACGAGCUCAAGUCCAGGGUCCUUCAGGACACCGUCAUCGUCAUGUCGGGCAUUGUACCCCUGGGCAUCGACGUGAUGCAAUCCGAAAUCGGUCUGCAGGCCAUGAGCUUCGGCGCCGAGAUCCAGACCAGGGUCACCAACAACGUCACCCACGUCGUCGUGGCGCCCUCCCGCACGGGGACCCAGAAAGUCCGCCAGGCCUUGCGCAUUCCGAGCAUCAAGAUUGUCAACCAAAACUGGCUCACCGACUGUCUGAGCCAGUGGAGGCACCUUGACGAGACACCCUACGUCGUUCAUGUGCCGACGUCCCACGAGAGGAGACGCAACGGCGUUGCUGUCGACGGAAGGGCCGGGAGCCAGGACCAGGGCAAUGACCAGUACCAGGGCAAGGCCGAGACCGAGACCGAGACCGACGCGAACCGCACCGCAUCGGGAACGACUGGCGAGCCCGGCACGUUGCCGCUCACCGAACAGCACUUGUUCGACGAGGACGACGAGGACGUUGAAGGUGCGGAUGAAGACGACGACGAAGACGAGGAAAAUGCCAACGACGGUGACGGGGACGAUGAUUUCGCGCCCGAUUUCAGCGCCGGGAGCCCCAUUGAUGACCUGAAAACGUUCGACUGGGGCGGUAUUGACGACGAGAUGCGCGAGUUUCUCGGCAGCGACGUCGACGACUCGGAGGAUGGUGAGGGUGAGGGUGAGGGUGACGGUGACGGUGACGGCGGAUCAUCAUCGCGCGGCACAGCCGACGAGUCGGAAGGAGGCGUCUCGGACGAAGACGGAUCCCAAAAGUCCGGCCCCGGCGGGACCAAACGGAAAGCGGCCGACCACGACGGGGACGACGACGAUUCGGAACGCGAAGGGAGCGUCCUCGCCAAGAGGCAACGCGUGGCUAAGGACCGCGGCGCGUCCAAGCUGAGUGGGGUGGUGCACAUGCCGUCGUACGCGGGCGGCGAGUCGACCAGCAGCAGUCUCCCUACGCCGCAGGUCACGGGCGACGAAGACGAAGUGGCGGCGGCGCAGAAGAAGAUUGCUGGCAGUGGCGGCAACAAUAAUGACGCGGCAAACGCUGAAGACGACGACAACGACCACGACGACGACGACUUUGGGGCCGAUCUCGAGGCGGAACUCGAGAAGGAGCUUGAGGCGGACGCGACCGGGGGUUAGAAGCCUCCUCCUUGCGUCAACGGCAACUGUCAUCCCCGGCAUCAUGGCCACGACGACGAUGUCGACGGCGAUGUGGAGACGGCCUUUGCGCAGGCGGGCG